UCGAUUCGAUUCUAAGGCGAGUCAUAAUUGAUUGGGUCAGAAAUCACAAUCGUUGAAAGCGUAGGAUGCUGUGUCUGAGAACGCCGUUGUUGUCACAUCCGUUUUCUCUGACAUUCUCAGCCUCGAAGCACAUCCGCAGCAAGGUUCAGGUACGGUCCUCCGUGAAGAUGACGUCAACGAAAACGGUGGAGCACAUUGUGCUGUUCAAGGUGAAAGAGGGAACCGAGGCUUCGAAGGUGAGUGAGAUGGUGAAUGGGCUGAGCUCCCUCCUUUCGCUGGACCAGGUCCUCCACCUCAGCGUGGGCCCACUCCUCCGCAACCGAUCCUCAUCCCUAACCUUCACUCACAUGCUCCACAGUCGCUACAAGUCCAAAGAGGAUCUCGACGCCUACUCCGCGCACCCUAGCCACGUCAGCGUCGUCAAGGGACACGUGCUCCCCAUCAUCGACGACAUCAUGGCCGUCGAUUGGCUCGCCCACGACCUCUCCGCCCUCGUUCCGCCGCAGGGCUCCGCGAUUCGAGUCAGCUUCUUGAAAUUGAAGGAGGACGCUGCUAAGGACGACGUGCUGGGCGUGGUCGGAGGGAUUCCCCAGAGUUUCAAGCAGAUUAGUGACUUCAGUUUCGGGGAGAAUUUCUCGCCGGCUAGGGCCAAGGGUUUCUCGAUUGCUUCACUCGCGGUUUUUCCCGGGGCGAGUGAGUUGGAGGCGGUGGAUUCGAACCAGGAGUUGGUGAAUUACCAGAAGGAUAAGGUUAGGGAUCACAUCGAGAGUGUGGUCGUCGUUGAUUAUGUGGUGCCGCCUCCUGCUCAGAGUGCAAGCCUUUGACGAGGUUAUUGCUAUGCUCUGUUCUGUUUAAUUGUGCCUUUUUGCCAGGAUAAUGAUUCGUGAGUGUUGAUGCUUAAUAAUUAUGAUUCACUCACUAUGUCACAUUGUAUUAGACUCUACUUUACUUGUUUGGUCUUUUGCUGCUUGUGUGUUUUAGCUUCAGAAUGGACUGUGUAUUUGGUUAUAUGAUUCUCGUAUUAGAAAAUAAAGCAGAAGGGGCUAGGCGUCUUAGACAUUAAAUUAAAUGAUAGAAAGGUUCCAGUAGUAUA